AUGCCGGGACCAACGCAUCAUAGCCCGCUUCACGAUCGUCGGCCUCCAACCGCAUCAGGGCAGCCACGUAGGCUUGUCCUUUGCUUCGAUGGAACCGGGAACCAGUACAUGGGAACGGAGGAGGACACAAACAUAGUCAAGAUCUAUGAGGCACUCGAGAGACAUAAGCCCGGGCAAUACGCCUACUAUCAACCUGGAAUUGGAACUUUGACCUACGUUACUGGCUCAUCAAAAUCCUCCAGCGGCGUGAGCCUCUGGAGCAGAUUCAAAGCGCGAGUGAGCGCCCUCUUAGACCAGGGAAUCGGCGCAUCUUUCUCCAAGCACCUUAUCGCGGGCUACAAGUUUAUCAUGCGAUACUAUUCCACAGGGGACCACAUCUAUAUCUUCGGUUUCUCGCGGGGCGCAUACACGGCACGGUUCCUCGCCGAAAUGAUCCACAACAUCGGCCUUCUUUCUCGCGGAAACGAGGAAAUGGUUCCAUUUGCCUGGUCCACGUUCAGCCGUUAUCAGAGCUCACGAGGAAAUGUUCCUCAAUCUCAAGAUGAUCGUGAGCUAGAGCGGUACAUGCAGAAGUUCAAGACAACUUUCUGUCGACCCGACGUCGGCGUUCAUUUUCUCGGUCUCUUCGACUGUGUCAACAGCGUUGGCCAGUUUGAGAUUCCCUUCUUCCGCAAAUCAUACCGGUACAUUGCCAGCCCAGCAGCGAGUCACAUCCGCCACGCCGUCUCAAUCCAUGAACGCCGGCUGAAAUUCAAGCCCGCAUUAUUUCACAUUGCCGACAAGGACAAAGACUCCGUGGACCUGAAGGAAGUCUGGUUCGCUGGAAAUCAUAGUGAUGUCGGUGGUGGAUGGCGGCUACAACGGAACCAAAAGCACCUGUUGUCGGAUAUUGCACUGCACUGGAUGAUCCAGGAAGUGCUUAACUUACCAGGCUCGGAGAGCACGCUCGAUUUUAUGACGACAAACGUGGACCAUAUGACUAGAGCCGCAGGGAAAUCCCUUUGUCGCGACGACGAGCCAGGGACAGAAGGAUACCAUGUCCAGCAGCAGGUGAAUAGACCGCAUGAUAAGCUGCGGUUUGGCCAUGGUGGAAGUGGCAUCUCUGUUAUGCUAUGGUGGAUUCUAGAGGUCCUUCCGUUCGCAACUCGCCUAGAGCUCGAGAAAGGGAAAUGGAUUCCGCGACGCUUUCCACCUAACUUUGGGGCCUCCAGAGAUAUUCCCUGUGGAGCGACGAUCCAUCCCAGUGUAUGCGAGAUGCUGGAAUCAGAUCUCUUGAAGGGCUUCCCCAUCCCCAAGCCAGGAGGUGACAACCCAAACCUGCCUCCUGUCCUUCUCAAUGAUGAACAACGGCAUAUUCAACAGGGGACCCCCAAUGUAUGUAACUGUUCUUGA